AUGUCCUCCGACUUAUAUAGCCGGCGAAAAAGGCUGGGCGAAGGCGCCCAUGGUGUCGUCUUCAGUGGAAUUCACAAAGCCUCAGGCAAGAAGGUGGCCCUCAAAAUCCUGAGUCUCUACUCGGACGCUUCGGCCGGGCUGGAUUCAUCCAACAACUCCAGCCUCGAAGGGCAUACGGACUCCGGGUCCAAAAGUGCCCCGGCGCCUGGGAUCGAGGGUCUCCCGGUGACCGCCGUGCGGGAGAUCUCCCUCCUUCGUUUGCUCAAACACCCGAACAUCAUUAAUCUGCUGGAUGUCCAUCUCAGUCGCUCGGACUUGGUCAUCGUCCUGGAGUAUGCGGAUUUGGAUCUCCGGCAAUAUCUCAAUCAAUUUGGGCCGCGUGGCCUGAAGCCGGACCUCUUCAAGCACUUCUCCAAGCAGCUACUGCAUGCUCUUGCAUACUGCCAUGAGCACCGCGUCAUCCACCGCGACGUCAAGCCCCAGAACAUCCUCAUCUCCAGUGACAAUAACAUCAAACUCGCGGACUUUGGCCUGGCCCGGAUCAUCGGCCAUCCGGUCCGGAGUUAUGCCUUUGAGGUGGCCACCCUGUGGUAUCGUGCACCGGAGCUUCUGCUGGCACGCUUUCCGCUGAAUAUCCAACGCCUCUUCCAGGAUGGCGGCCUUCGGGCCCACGAUGAAAGAACCAUGUCCCGGUCGAGUCGGUCCAAUCGUGUCAUGCGCGCGGCCAAGCUGGCCGCCGCUCAGGCCGCCGCGGUCGGGGGCUCCUGUGCCAUCGACAUCUGGAGUGUCGGCUGCGUGCUGGCCGAGAUGGCAACCGGGCGCGUGCUCUUCGGGCCCUACCUCCAUGGCGAGGGGGACAUCUCCAGCGAGUAUCCCUACCAGCGGCCUCGCGGCCGGCGAGACCCGGCGGCGGCCGGUGGCGCAGGCCCUGACGCCCGCAUUGUCCGGCCAUACACGAUUCCCGCCCCGCCAGCGGGCGUGGUGGCCUUCUCGGCCGAGUAUGUGCAGCUUACACGCAUCGUUGAGAUGCUGGGGCCGCUGCCGCGCCUGCGCAAUCCCGAUGAUCCGGAAACGCCGGCCAUUCCCGCCGCCACCGAGGAGCAGCCACUCGCUUCGGCCGGCGGCAUUGGCGACAUUCCCCCCCAACACUCGGCCCCGAGCGCGGCCUUGGGCUUGGGGGCGCGCGCGUCCCGCGUCAACUUCGGCUCGGCCACUCUCAUCCCCGAUGCCGGCGAGGGGGCAGACGCGCCGAGCCCACUGGCGACCAACAACGCGCCGCGACCCGGCCGCGGCCCGCGCACCCCCACCCCUGGCUCCCGUGGCUUCCUCAUUGCGGUCCUGCAGCUGGCUCUGCCGAACCUGGAUGCCCCGGGGAUUCGACUCCUUUCGCGAUUGCUGGCCCUCAAUCCCAACGAGCGUCCGGAUGCCUCGCAGGCCCUGACCCACCCCUUCUUCAAGACGUAGGGGCCCCCUCGGCCAAAAGAGCCAGGGAGAGAGAGAGAGAGAUAGAUAAGGGCGCGUCCGAGGGUCGACCGGGAGAGAGUGAGAUGGGGACCCCAGCUGGCCUGUGUGUGCCCGCCCCCCCCUCUCUUUUGUUGCCUGGCGUGCGAAGGGGCGAGCCGCUCGCGGGGCCGUCGGUGUACAUGUGCAUGUGUGCGCAUGUGUGUAUGUGUAUCCUGGCAAAUGCCGCAAUAUACCCCCCCAUUUAAUGGCCAAA